GACGUCAUGACGUCCCCGGUCUCUAAUGGCUGAACAACAACAACUCUCGGUCACUGGCAAACUUUCCCAAACUUCUUCAGAGGCUAAAGAAAGUUGGCAGUAGCAAGUUGUUACGACUCCACAACAGCCCAGGCGCGUUCGUUUGUUCUCCUUUCAAUCCCAAAUGUGGAAUUACUGAUGGAUCCCAGAUAUGACAUACCGCGGAGGGCCGCCGGUGGCAGCGGUGGCUCCGGGAACUCGUCCCCCGCUCUGGGGGCUCAGUCUCGCCGCAGGAAGAUUCCUCCCAGACCCGCUGAUUUCAAACUUCAGAUUAUCAUAAUCGGCUCCCGCGGCGUUGGUAAAACCAGCAUCAUGGAGAGAUUCACCGACGACACUUUCUGCGAAGCCUGCAAGUCGACCGUAGGAGUUGACUUCAAAAUCAAAACUGUCGAGCUGAGAGGGAAGAAGAUCAGACUACAGAUAUGGGACACUGCCGGCCAGGAGAGGUUCAACAGCAUCACGUCAGCCUACUACAGAGGAGCCAAGGGAAUCGUUCUUGUGUACGAUAUCACAAAACAGGAGACGUUUGAGGACCUUCCCAAAUGGAUGAAAAUGAUAGAUAAGUACGCCUCCGAGGAGGCCGAGCUGCUGCUGGUUGGAAACAAGCUGGACUGUGAGACCGAUCGUAUCAUCUCCAGACAACAAGGAGAGAGGUUUGCCUCUCGGAUAAGUGGAAUGCGCUUCUGCGAAGCCAGUGCCAAGGACAACUUUAACGUGGACGAGAUCUUCCUGAAGCUUGUCGACGACAUUCUUAGCAAGAUGCCUCUGGAAGUUCCCAACAAGGAGCUUUCCAACAGCGUCCUGUCUCUGCAGCCUGAACCGGAAGUGCCGCCGGAGUUACCCCCUCCCCGCAUGCGUUGUUGCUGAGAGUAACCCACAACCCCCCCUCCCCUCCUUCCUUCCAUCCUACACACUCACGCACACUAUCAUGCAGAGCGUCAAUCUGGCCACCAGGGGGCAGCACACUGCAGCAGUUAGUUGACAGCUGCCUUUUAAAGCUGCAUGGGCUCUCUUCAACAACCAGUAUUAUUCCCUUUUCUUUUUUUUUCUUCUUCUUCUCUAAUGAUCUGUAACCUGUUACCAAGCACCACACUAACACUAGUCAAAUCACCCACUUCCUACCACCUGUCUGUCUACACUUGACCCGGACUACCUCAUUGCUCGGACCGAUAGGCUAGCUGUGCCCCCCCCCCCGCCCCCCGCAGGUGCCUUCCAGGUAGAGAGUCCUCAUUUUCUAAGGAUUGGGAUUACUGAGGGUCCUACGGCUCGUUCUCCUUCCUGUUUUCUUUUGUCAUCAACACACACACACUUUGACACUAAGCGUCCGAGUCGAAGCGAGCGCCGCGUUUUCCUUUAACGACACCUCACGUCUCCACAGCUUAGUUUUGAAUUCUGGGUCAACAGGUACACUAGUUUUAUGAACUAAUUAAUAAGGUAGCGCUGACACGAACACAAGCACAUGGUGUAAAUAUGGCGCGUGUUGUUGCAGUCAUGACUGGACGAGGUGCACAUGUUGGCAGCCAGCAGUCGGUGGUUGUGUGGUGGUGGUGAUCAUAUCAGUUUUUUUUUUUUUUUGCUUUGCCUUAAAGUAUUAAAGUGUCUGAAAAUGCUAAUUUGAAAUUUGUAUAAAUUUUUUUUCUUUUUUUUUUUGCACUACAAUCCAUCUUCCCUAGUUAAGCUGACGCGCAGAAGAGGAAAGUACACGACUCGUAGGUUAGCACUAAUAAAUAUCGACGCUCUGAAUUCUGCCUGGAAGUGGUAAUGGAGAUGCAAGGAGAGAUGGGUAAUGUAGCCUUGUGAGGGAUCUGUGUGUCGUACGGGGGCAUUCUCCACAUGUGCUGCUGGUUUAUCGGAGGCAAUGGAGACGGCAAGAAGCUGGCGCAUGUGGUUUUAGCCUUUGUUCCUGUUACUAAUAUUACUAAGUGUUUUUGUUUUUCAGAUUCAUUGUAGAGGAAAUUGAGUUUUUUGGUGGGAAAAGUGCAUGAAGGUUUGUUUAGCAGUUGAAUGACUCAGGAAACUUUGAUCGGCGUUUUCUGUUGGACUCGGUUCUCGAACGGAUUAACAAAGAAGUGUCUCCCUAAACAUCCUUCUUAAAGUGGUUUGAAGUUUUAGUUUUGGAAGCUGUGUGCGUUUUUUUUUUUUUUUUUUUCAUGGACCAGUAUGUGGAUAUCUCAUUAACUUGCACAUAUUUUUUUUUUAUUUUAUUUUAUUUUUUUUAAAUAUGCCCGGCAUGUAAGCCCUCCUGCGUUCACGCACAUUAACACCCGUUUAAUUCUUCCGUCUGCGUUUUGAAACUGAUGCAAUAUUAGCAGCAUAGCAGUGACUGUUUAGUGAAGACAGACGAGCCCGUUCAAAAGGACCUGAUCUGAAAUGACUCAAACUGACUUUCUCUCAGUUUAUUUUAUUGAAGUUUUUUUUUUGUGGGUUUAAAAUGGCACAUGAUGUAUUCUAACAGAUGAAUAGUUUCAUAAGAUAUUGAAACGUGACGUUUUCACUAAUUAAACUGUCAUCCAACUCCAUUUCUUUUGCAAUACGAUUACCAUCCAGACACGUAUUUCACAUAUUAAAAAAAAAAAAAGAUCUGGAAAUUUGUUGUUAUCAUUUCUUCACCUUUUAUUCUUUUCGGAGCAAAACCUUUGCCACUAACCCUGUGGUCUUUGUUUUCAAUAGCCUUAUACUACUCAAUGUUUCAAAUAUACAUUUUAAAAAAAGAAGAAGAAGCUUUCACUUGAAACGUGUAUCCUUUAAGAUGGAAGACUGUACUUUGUAUUAAACCUGUUAUGAGUCUUUGAAAAGUUUUGGCAUGUUUAAAGCUGAUAUUUAUAACUUGUGGCAUUCUUGAACUAAUGAGAUGCAAUUAAAGAUGUCUAUAUUUAUUACCA